AUGAAGUUCCUCGCGCUCCUCCUUUCCGCGUUGGUCUCCCUGAUCGCGCUUCUCCCUGCCUCGGCAAACGCAGCUCAGCGUGGUCUCGCAUGGGGUACCAACGACAACUGGGGCAACCAAGUCGCCAAGGGUCUCAUCAGCUGGUACUGGCACUGGCAGGAUGGACCCAACUCCAAGUUCGACGGCAAGCUCGAAUUCGUCCCUUGCUACUGGGGUCCCAAGUACAACUCGCAAUGGGCCCAGCGUAAGCAGGAGAUGAACGCUAACCUUCCCAAAGCUCUGCUCGGCUUCAACGAGCCUGACAUCAGCGGUCAGUCCAACUUGGAUCCUCAGACAGCGGCGAGCCUCUGGAUGAAGGAGAUUCAGCCUUGGAAGAGCCGAGGUGUCCGACUCGGAUCCCCUCAGAUCGUCUACAACCAGGACUGGUUGGGUCAGUUCAUGAGCGCUUGCAAAAGCAAGGGCUGCACUGUUGACUUUAUCGCAAUCCACUGGUACGGUGCAUGGUACGACCUCGACGGCCUGAAGAAGUACGUCACCUCAGUGCGAAACCGUUUCAACCUCCCCAUCUGGAUCACCGAGUACGGCGUCACCUCCUCCUCCGGCGGCUCGCAGCAGCAGGUCAAGCAGUUCCACAUGGACGCUACCAACUGGCUCAACUCGCAGUCGUACAUCGAGCGCACUUCGAACUUUGGCAGCUUCCCCGUCUCCUCGCCUCCCGAUGCGUACGGAUCGCGUCUCAACGCACUCUUCAACGGCGAUGGAAGCUUGAGGGAUCUCGCCUACUGGUACCUCUGGACCUCGGGUAACUCGAAGAGGACCGUCAGGCAGGAGUUGACCGCAGAGGAGGACUUUGAGCCGACCAAGAAGGACAUUCCCGUCGAGGAGAAGCCGGCUAGCUUCAGCCACUCAGAGGAGGGAGACGAAGAGUAG